UCGUACUGUUUUACGUCAUGCAAUUUUGAAUGUUCUCUGAUAUAAAUUAUGUUGUCUGUUGAUAACUAACUAUAACCACUUAUGGUUCCUCUUAAAAUAGGUAUAUAAACCCUCCUCUAAGUUCCUUAACCAGCUAUUCACUGGUUUAACAAAACUGGUGGAUUUCAAUAUCAACAUUUAUUUUGUUUUAGAAAUGUUUCAUAAUCUAAUGUGUUGAUACUUAGAACUGUAUAUUGUGUACAUACGAAACGCUAAAACUGGGACUUAAAGGACAAUUAAUUGUGUCAAUGGGAAACAUCACUUUUAUAAAGGAUUUUGUAAUUUCUGGCUUUCCCGGACUUCAUCCUCAAUAUUAUGGCAUUGUCUCAGCAGUCCUGUUUUUUGUUUAUGUGUGUACACUGAUGGGAAAUGCUGUAUUUAUUACAUUAUUUUUAUUAUCUAAGAGCCUUCAGAAGCCUGUAUAUUACUGCAUUGUAAAUCUUGCUGUGUGUGAUGUACUCUUCAGCACCACUGCAUUACCAAAGAUAAUCAGCAGGUAUUGGUUUAAAGAUGGAGCCAUUUCAUUUUUGGGCUGCUUUCUUCAAAUGUUUUUUGUGCAUUAUUUUGGUGCAGUCACUGCACGUUUGUUGUCAGUUAUGGCUAUAGAUCGCUAUGCAGCCAUAUGUUUUCCACUUCGAUAUCACAGCAUUAUGACAGUCAGAAAUAUUUUCAUUUUAAUCUUUGGCUGUUGGAUUGUGGGUUUAAUCGGCCCUUUGAUGGUAGUAAUAAGAGCUUACCCGCUCCUGUACUGUGCAGGAAACACUAUUGUACAUUGUUACUGUGAAUAUAUUGCCAUAAUAGCACUGGCAUGCACUACCAGAGAAGACUAUGUUCAACCUGCUUUCAUUAAUUCAAUGAUAGUGCUGCUGGGUUCACUUGCUAUCAUUGUUUUCUCUUACUGUGCUAUCAUUGUGGUCGUUCUGCGUAUAUCGAGCGCUCAAGGAAGACUGAAGACUUUCUCCACCUGCAGUCCUCAGCUCAUCAUUAUUGCUCUGUUUUUCCUACCCAGAUGUUUUUAUUAUGCAUCUUAUUAUCUUAACGUAGUGUUUAAUAUUAACAUAAAGUUCAUUGCUGAUGUGCAGGUGGUCAUAAUUGUGCUGUAUAGCCUGCUGCCACCAAUGAUUAACCCAUUUAUUUAUUGUUUGAGAACAGAAGAGGUGAAAAAAAUCUUACUCACUAAAAUGAAAAGGACAAAAAUAGGCGUUAAAUCAAAGCCAUGAUCCAUAUAUCUGCUGAUUUUCUAGCGUUUAGGUUCGUGGGGAGUGUUGGAGUUUAUCUCAGACCAGGACAGGGAAACAAAAAAAAAGUUUGUCAGUGUCUGCCAUGAUGUGUCUUUUUAAAUAUUGCAGUAGCUUUGUGUAUGUUUUUGUUUAUUUAGCACAUCAAUAUCAGCACAGGUGUGAGACCUGUACAUGUAAGAGCAUUAUUUUAAAAUUAACUGUU